AAAGUCUGGAAAAGUGUCCCCGGGGAGCUGGCCUUCCGCCUUACGCCCCUGUUCAAAACGAAACAACAAAGAAGAAAAAUUAGUAAAGAGCAAAUCAAAAAUCAAAGGUUCUACAUUGAAGCUGAUUUCUAUGUAACAGUGAUGAGACGGCAUGGACAAUAUGCCGACUCUGGUGGUGCCAAUGCUUAUGUCUCUGCUCAGAUGCAGCAUAUGCCUGCACAGAGGAUGGAGCACAAGUCUGGUCAUUUUCAAGGACAGCUAGAAGCAUUCACUCCUGAGAGGGAUCAGCCAUAUGGAACUCCCAAAUCAGAUGGGCAGUGGAGGUGGGAAAGAGAUGGAUCAAAAGUGUCAAAUCCAAUGGCGGCGAAAGUGUUUAAUGAAGGACAAGGCACUGAUGGAUCAAGAACUUAUUUCCAGGGCCAGAGGCCAGAUCCCAAACUAUCUUUAGAAAAACAAAAUGCUGAUCCCAGAUCUCGACCCCAUGACGAAGAUAUGGAAGUUGGCUAUGAACAAAAUCUUUUGUCAAAAACUUUGGAAGGUCUUGAGAAGAAAUUCCUUGAUGACAUAACGAAACUUGCUAGAGAACAGAAUGAUGCUGAGGAUGCAGAAAAUGCUAGACAUAGGGAGAAAAUAAAUACAAUCAAUACUCAGUAUCAGGAACAGCUAGCAGCACUUCGAACACGGCACGCUAGUCGUAGAGAUGAGUUCCUGAGGAAGGAAUCUCUUGCACGCCAACAACAAUAUCAGCAGGCAGUGAUUGACCAUUAUCCUCGUAGCAGCAUGGGUCCAGCUGAUACCAUGCCAAUCGGUAAUCCUCAUCCAUACACUGGCGUUGCAGGUUCAGCUGCUGCUGGAGAUGCACGUCGAGGCUAUAACUCUGAUAAUUUUGACUCCUACAGAGAGAGGGCUCGAUUUCUUGGGGGUGCCAGGGAUCAUGGUUUUGAACCAAGAGGUUCAUACCCUGGGGGCCGUGUGUAUGAUACCGGAUCACGUUAUUACUAAAUUUUGCUUAGAUUAACUUUACUUAGCUACAUCCUCCAGGUAGAGUUUUGAUAGUUAGCCCGCGAAUGCUUGGCAUGCUAUCUUGUAGUUUAUGUUUUAUUUGCUGCAUCCGUUUGCUUGAUUCUUACUUGUUAAGAUCCAUAUCUGGAAAAAUCUAUUUAUUUUUCAUAGCUCAUUUCUGUUAUUUAAUUUCAUUAAUAUUGUAGUUUUGAAAGUUUUGAGAAUAAUGGAUCGCUAUUCUCUUCAUUCUUAAA